AUGCCGUUUGGGUUAACAAAUGCACCUGCGGCAUUCAUGGACUUAAUGAAUCGAGUUUGUGGACCGUAUUUGGACCAAUUUGUCAUAGUCUUUAUAGAUGACAUUUUGAUAUAUUCAAAAAGUAAGAAGGAGCAUGAGCAACACUUAAGGAUGAUUCUUGAAUUACUAGCAAAAGAGCAAUUGUAUGCCAAGUUCUCAAAAUGUGAGUUUUGGUUGCAUGAAGUACAAUUCCUUGGUCAUGUAGUCAACACGGAAAGGAUCAAGGUGGAUCCGGCUAAGAUAGAUGCAGUUAUGAACUGGGAAUCACCAAAGUCAGUAUCGGAGAUCCGAAGUUUUCUAGGCCUAGCGGAGUAUUACCGAAGAUUCAUCCAAAAUUUCUCCAAGAUAGCAACCCCUUUGACAACACUGACAAAGAAGUCGGUUAAGUUUGAUUGGGGAACGAAACAAGAAGAAGCAUUUCAGACACUUAAGGAGAGACUAAGCACUGCACCGGUUUUAUCACUACCGGAAGGAAUAGAAGAUUUUGUCGUUUAUAGCAAUGUAGUUGCCGAUGCACUUAGUAGGAAGGAGAGAAACGGACCAAUCAGGGUUCGAGCCAUGUGGAUGAGUGUUAAAGUGGAGUUGCUAGACCGAAUUCGGGAUGUCCAGAAGGAAGCUUUACUCGAAACGAAUAUUAAAAACGAGUGA